AUGGCCUCCAAGAUCGUGGUCAUCGGGUGCGUGAAUGGUGCUCUGUGGUCGCUCGUCGACAAGCUGGCCGCCCUGAAUGAGAAGCACCACUUCUCGAUAUGCAUCAUCGCUGGCAAUCUAUUUGCCGAUCCGGACAAAGCCACCGUUACCGAGAAAGACCAAGUCGCCAGGCUUGUCAAGGGCGAGAUCGAAUUUCCUGUGCCGACAUACUUUGCGCUGGGCAAUCGCCCUUUGCCACCUGCGGUGAUCCAGAAGGUCACGCACGAUGGAGGCGAAGUGUGUCCGAACCUCAGCAUUCUCGGACGCAAAGUCUCGAUCAAGACUGCAGAUGGCCUGAAGAUUGUCGCAAUCGGCGGAAAGCACUCCCCCCGGGCCGAGGACGAAAUCAUGGACGAGUAUGCGCCCGUCUAUACAGAUAGAGACAUCGAAAGCGCCAAGCACUUCAAGCACGCAGACAUUCUCGUCACGAGCGAGUGGCCUGCUGGAGUAGUCGACGGAUCACACUCGAAAUAUGCAGCUCAGCCUCCAUCGGGCGUGCAAAGCCUCGGCGACCUCGUCACAGCUCUGAAGCCACGAUAUCACUUCUCGACGUCAAUAGCAUUCUUCGAGCGAGAGCCGUUCUUUCAUAACGUCCCACCCCCACAACCAAUCACGCGAUUCCUCAGCUUCGCAGCUUUCGGCAAUGAAGCCAAGCAGAAAGCUCUCUAUGCCUUCCAACUCGAAGCCUCUGCACCACCUCCACCCCAGCUGCCCACCGACGCUACCGCUUCCCCCUUCGCCCUCACGCAAAAGAAGCGCAAGCUCGACUCCCAAGAAGAAAGCUUCAAUGGCUUCCGCUACUCGAAUGGAGACGGCUCCCAGCAACAAUACAACGGCCACGACCGCCGCAUGAAGCGUCACCGCCGAAAUGCCCCGGCGCGGAAAGACCCCAUGGCAUGCUACUUCUGUAUCUCCAACAACGAGAAUGAAGCACACAUGGUAGCCGACAUUGGUACAGAAGUCUACCUGACAGUUGCCAAAGGCCCUCUCACAACACCCGACACCUUCCCAGGUUUAGAGAUGCCCUGCCACAUGCUCAUCAUCCCUCUCCAACACGCCCCGACAAUCAACUCCUUCGACCCAGAAAACCGCGAAGCAACCCACACCGAAAUGAAACGCUACCGUACCGCUCUUCACAACAUGAUCUCUGCAAAAUCUACGCGAGGAGAAUCAGGCGAAGCACAACUCGGCGCGGUCACAUGGGAAAUCUCUCGAGGCGGCGGCGUGCAUCUUCACUGGCAAUUUCUUCCUGUACCACUCGACAUGGUGAAGAAGAGACUCGUCGAGGCCGCUUUCGAGGCCGAGGCCGAGAAUCGGAAGUAUCCGAAAUUUCUCACAGAGCCUUCUCAGAUCGAAGAAGCGCGAGAGGGUCAUUACUUUCGAGCUAUGAUUUGGUCGGAAGGAUACGAGACGGAGAUGUUGCUCCCUUUGAGUGAGGAGUUUAAUUUCGAUCUGCAGUUUGCGAGACGGGUACUCGGGAAGUUGUUGGGACUAGAAAGUCGGAGUCAUUGGAAGGAUGUGGUUCAGACGAAGGAGGACGAGAUGGCGGAUAAGCAAAAGUUUGAGGAGGCGUUUGCGCAGUUCAAGUACGAGUAG